CCGCCCCCUCCCCCCCGCCCGCCCCAGCAGCACAAGCUGUCAUGGCGGCCCGGCUGUUAAGUUUGUAUGCUCGCCGCCUUUCCGCAGCAGCGGUGAUACGAGGGCUUCCGGCUGCCCGCGUUCGCUGGGAAUCCUCCAGGGCUGUAAUCUCCCCAUCUGCUGUGGAGAGAAAGCGGCAACGAGAACCGACCAUGCGCUGGCAGGAGGACCCAGAACCCGAGGACGAAAACCUCUACGCGAAGAACCCAGACUUCCAUGGUUUUGACCAGGACCCUGUGGUGGAUGUCUGGAAUAUGCGAGCUGUCUUCUUCUUUGGUUUUUCCAUCGCCUUGGUCUUUGGUACCACAUUUGUGGCAUAUCUGCCUGACUACAGGAUGCAAGAGUGGGCCCGCCGGGAAGCUGAGAGACUUGUGAAAUAUCGAGAAGCCAACGGCCUCCCCAUCAUGGAAUCCAACUGUUUUGAUCCCAGCAAGAUCCAGUUACCAGAAGAUGACUGAUGAAUUGCUGAGUGGGGCUUAAGAAGCAUUAUUUUGUCCGUCCACCCCCCCACCCCACCUAUUAUUAUUCUGGUUUCUCAGAGCACCUUAUUAAAGGGAUUGAAAGAA